AUGGUUAAAGCUAAUGCUGUCGGUAUUGAUCUCGGUACAACUUACUCCUGUGUAGGAGUUUUCCAACAUGGAAAAGUUGAAAUUAUCGCCAACGACCAAGGUAAUCGUACAACACCAUCAUAUGUUGCUUUUACUGAUAGUGAAAGACUUAUUGGAGAUGCAGCUAAAAAUCAAGUUGCUAUGAACCCACAAAACUCCGUCUUUGAUGCCAAACGUCUUAUUGGAAGAAAAUUCGAUGAUGCUGCUGUCCAAGCUGACAUGAAACACUGGCCAUUCAAGGUUGUUUCUGCUGAUGGUGGACGCCCAAAGGUUCAAGUUGAAUUCAAAGGUGAAGUUAAGACUUUCUUCCCAGAAGAGAUUUCAUCUAUGGUUUUAACAAAAAUGAGAGAAACCGCUGAAGCUUAUCUUGGACAAACUGUAACUGAUGCUGUAGUUACUGUUCCAGCUUAUUUCAACGACUCUCAAAGACAAGCUACUAAGGAUGCUGGAGCCAUCGCUGGACUUAAUGUCUUACGUAUUAUUAAUGAACCAACUGCAGCUGCUAUUGCUUAUGGUUUGGACAAGAAAGGAGCAACAGAACGCAAUGUUCUUAUCUUCGAUCUUGGAGGUGGUACUUUUGAUGUCUCUGUUCUUACAAUUGAAGACGGAAUCUUCGAAGUCAAAUCUACUGCUGGUGACACUCACUUGGGAGGAGAAGAUUUCGAUAACCGUAUGGUUACUCACUUUGUUAACGAGUUCAAGAGAAAACACAAGAAAGAUCUUUCAUCCAACCCACGUGCUCUUCGUCGUUUGAGAACAGCUUGUGAACGUGCUAAGAGAACACUUUCUUCAUCUACUCAAGCCUCAAUUGAAAUUGAUUCACUUUUCGAUGGUAUUGAUUUCUACACCAACAUCACACGUGCUCGUUUUGAGGAACUCUGUGCUGAUCUUUUCAGAAACACCAUGGACCCAGUCGAGAAAGCUCUUCGUGAUGCCAAGAUGGACAAAGGACAAGUUCACGAUAUCGUUCUUGUUGGAGGAUCUACCCGUAUUCCAAAAGUACAAAAACUUCUUUCUGACUUCUUCUCUGGAAAAGAACUUAAUAAAUCUAUCAAUCCAGAUGAAGCUGUUGCUUACGGAGCUGCUGUUCAAGCUGCUAUCCUUUCUGGAGACAAAUCUGAAGCUGUCCAAGAUUUACUUCUUCUUGAUGUUGCUCCACUUUCUCUUGGAAUUGAAACCGCCGGAGGUGUCAUGACUGCUCUUAUCAAGAGAAACACCACCAUCCCAACUAAAACUUCUCAAACUUUCACCACAUAUGCCGAUAAUCAACCAGGAGUCUUGAUUCAAGUUUACGAAGGUGAACGUGCAAUGACUAAAGAUAACAAUCUUCUUGGAAAAUUCGAACUUUCUGGAAUUCCACCAGCUCCACGUGGUGUACCACAAAUUGAGGUUACAUUCGAUAUUGAUGCCAAUGGUAUCCUCAAUGUAUCAGCUCAAGACAAAUCUACUGGAAAACAAAAUAAGAUUACCAUCACCAACGACAAAGGAAGACUUUCCAAGGAAGAAAUUGAACGUAUGGUUAACGAUGCCGAAAAAUACAAAGCUGAUGAUGAGAAACAACGUGAACGUGUUUCUGCCAAGAAUGGUCUUGAGUCAUACUGUUUCAACAUGAAACAAACUCUUGAAGACGAGAAAGUUAAGGAUAAGAUUCCAGCUGAUGAUGUUAAGAAAGUUGUUGAAAAAUGCGAUGAAAUUCUUCGCUGGCUCGAAAGCAACCAAUCUGCUGAGAAAGAAGAAUUUGAAGAUAGACAAAAGGAACUUGAAGGAAUCUGUAACCCAAUUAUCACUAAGAUGUAUGGAGCUGCUGGUGCACCACCAGGUGGUAUGCCAGGAGGUGCUCCAGGUGGAGCCCCUGGCGCUGAAGGAUCUGGACCAACAAUUGAGGAAGUUGAUUAA